AUGACUGACGGGGAUCAAGACAUCAACGAUGAUUUUUGGAUUUUGAAAUUAAGAUUAGAUAGCCUUGUUGGCCUAUUUGCUGCUGGCUGUCAACCUAGUUCUACUAGUGAUCCAUUUGGCAUAAGAAGAAUCUCUUAUGGCCUAGUCCAGAUAUCGGUGGAAAAGGAUAAAAAUAUUGAUUUAAAACAUGCUUUGGAACUUGCAGCUGAUGUUCAUACCAUUAAAGUGGAUGCAACCACAAUAGAGGAUGCAUAUCAAUUUGUUACUCGAAGAUUAGAGCAAUAUCUGGUUGAUAAGGGAAUAAGUCCAGAAGUGGUUCGUUCCGCCCUUGCAGAGUGUGCAAACUUGCCUUGUCUAGCUGCUAAAACAGCAUAUAAAUUGGAAGCCUUGUCGAAAGGAAAUCUUUUCACUAAGGUCGUAGAAGCAUAUUCUCGUCCAACUAGAAUCGUCCGUGGAAAGGACGUGGACGCUGUUGUUGAGGUGGAUGAUGGUGUAUUUGAAACAAAUGAAGAGAGAGAUUUAUGGGACGCCUUCUUGUCUGUUAAGAACAAAAUUCACCCCGGUGUUGAGGUUGAUGAUUUCAUCGAAAUAUCUUCAGAGCUAGUUCAACCUUUAGAAGAUUUUUUUAAUGGAGUAUGUGUGAUGGUGGAGGACGAAAGAAUUAGAAACAACAGGCUGUGUUUGGUCAAGAAAAUUGCAGACCUUCCGAAAGGUGUGGCAGAUCUCUCGGUUUUACCCGGAUUUUGAUCCAGACAAUACAUGCAUAUACUUCUACAUUCUUUGAUCAGAGUAAACACCAGUCGGUAC